GGGGGAAUCGCGGGGAAAGAAAUAGAGGCAAAGCCACUGCUCUUGUCUUUUCGAAGACAUGGGAGGGGGAGGGUAAGGAGGAAGAAGCGCUCAGCGAGGCAGAAUUCUUCAAAGGAAUUAUCUUUUCCCUCGUCUUACCCGACACCCUGCCUAUUUCAAAAAAUAGAGUGUGCUGAGUACUUUCUGGAUUACUCAUAGGGCCUUUUUUUUCCGGGCGCAAAACCGUGAUCUGGAUUUAUAAUCGCCCUAUAAAGCUCCAGAGGCAGUCAGGCACCUGCAAAGGAGUCCCGCCGCUCUGCCGACGAGCUGCCCCAGCGAGCAGCGGCCUCGUGAUUCCCCCGCCGAGCCGGUCCCCGCCUCCCCACUCCGCCCCCGCCUCCCCCGAAGCGGAGCAGCCGCCUCUCCGGAUCGCUCUCUUCUCCUCCCGGCGCUCGCGUGCGGGACGGUGCUAGUGGGAGCGAGGCAGCAGCUGGAGGUGACGACGGGCAGAUAACGCCUGUGGCAGGGCCCGGCGGAGCUGAGCGGAUCGCUGGGCGCUGUGCAGAGGAGCGGCGGGAGCGCCAGGCUUGCUGUCGCCGAGCCGAGCGGGUUCCUGCGCCCGACCAGCCGAGGACCCCGGACAGCAGAGGCCCCGGGACGACCGAGCUGAUGGCGUCUUCGACCCCUUCUUCGUCUGCAACCUCCUCGAACGCGGGAGCGGACCCCAAUACUACUAACCUGCGCCCCACAACGUAUGACACCUGGUGCGGCGUGGCCCAUGGAUGCACCAGAAAACUGGGGCUCAAGAUCUGCGGCUUCUUGCAAAGGACCAACAGCCUGGAAGAGAAGAGCCGGCUUGUGAGCGCCUUCAAGGAGAGGCAGUCUUCCAAGAAUCUGCUUUCCUGUGAAAAUAGUGACAGGGAUGGCCGCUUCCGGCGCACGGAGACCGACUUCUCCAACCUGUUUGCUCGAGAUCUGCUUCCGGCUAAGAACGGGGAGGAGCAAACCGUGCAGUUCCUGCUGGAGGUGGUGGACAUACUCCUCAACUAUGUCCGCAAGACAUUCGAUCGCUCCACCAAGGUGCUGGACUUCCAUCACCCACACCAGCUGCUGGAAGGCAUGGAGGGCUUCAACUUGGAGCUCUCUGACCACCCCGAGUCCCUGGAGCAGAUCCUGGUGGACUGCAGAGACACCCUGAAGUACGGGGUCCGUACAGGUCAUCCUCGAUUUUUCAACCAGCUCUCCACUGGAUUGGAUAUCAUUGGUUUAGCUGGUGAAUGGCUGACAUCAACUGCCAAUACCAAUAUGUUUACAUAUGAAAUUGCACCAGUGUUUGUUCUCAUGGAGCAAAUAACGCUUAAGAAGAUGAGAGAGAUAGUUGGAUGGUCAAGUAAAGAUGGUGAUGGGAUAUUUUCUCCUGGGGGAGCCAUAUCCAACAUGUACAGCAUCAUGGCUGCUCGCUACAAGUACUUCCCCGAAGUUAAAACAAAGGGCAUGGCGGCAGUGCCCAAACUGGUCCUCUUCACCUCAGAACACAGUCACUAUUCCAUAAAGAAAGCUGGGGCUGCGCUUGGCUUUGGAACCGACAAUGUGAUUUUGAUAAAGUGCAAUGAAAGGGGGAAGAUAAUUCCAGCUGAUUUAGAGGCAAAAAUUCUAGAAGCCAAGCAAAAGGGAUUUGUUCCUCUUUAUGUCAAUGCAACUGCUGGCACCACUGUUUAUGGAGCUUUUGAUCCGAUACAGGAGAUUGCAGAUAUAUGUGAGAAAUAUAACCUCUGGCUGCACGUCGAUGCUGCCUGGGGCGGUGGGCUGCUCAUGUCCAGGACGCACCGCCAUAAACUCAGUGGCAUAGAAAGGGCCGACUCAGUCACCUGGAACCCUCACAAGAUGAUGGGCGUGCUGUUGCAGUGCUCCGCCAUCCUCGUCAAGGAAAAGGGUAUACUCCAAGGAUGCAACCAGAUGUGUGCAGGAUACCUCUUCCAGCCAGACAAGCAGUAUGAUGUCUCUUACGACACUGGGGACAAGGCAAUUCAGUGUGGCCGCCACGUGGACAUUUUCAAGUUCUGGCUGAUGUGGAAAGCAAAGGGUACAGUGGGAUUUGAAAAUCAGAUCAACAAAUGCUUGGAACUGGCUGAAUACCUCUAUGCCAAGAUUAAAAACAGAGAAGAAUUUGAGAUGGUUUUCAAUGGUGAGCCUGAGCAUACAAACGUCUGUUUCUGGUAUAUUCCACAAAGCCUCAGGGGCGUUCCGGAUAGCCCUGAGCGACGGGAAAAACUACACAGGGUGGCUCCCAAAAUCAAAGCCCUGAUGAUGGAGUCUGGCACAACCAUGGUUGGCUACCAGCCUCAGGGGGACAAGGCCAACUUCUUCCGGAUGGUCAUCUCGAACCCAGCCGCUACCCAGUCUGAUAUCGACUUCCUCAUUGAGGAGAUAGAGAGACUGGGCCAGGAUCUGUAAUUGUCCUCCGUAGGACAUGAGUUUAUGGGCAUUCCCUUUCCCCUCUGGCACUCUAGAACCACCUCUAUAAGUUACUGAAACACGCAGGCCAUUUCAUUGAGGGAAAAUAUAAUAUCUUGAAGAAUACUGUUAAAAUCUUACUUAAGCUUGUUGUAGUUAGCGGGAAACAAUGUCCUUUUUAAAAAGU